CCCCUGGUCUAGCGGGACAUGGAUGGAGGCUGUGCGUCUUGUCAGCUCCUGUCCUGUUGCGGGAAUUCGUGGCCUUCCAGCUGAACUUGGCGCAGGUCAAAACCGGAGGAUUCUGGUCCGGACUCGGUUCUCUGCUGAAAUGACGCUUUGUCCUGAUCAGUGAAGUCCAAAAACCAUGACAAAGGAAGGUGCUUUUGGGCGCAUGGCUCCACGGUCUGCGCGCGCCGCCGCUGUGCAGCUCUCCGGAGAGGCGUGGCCGGUGACGCCUCCAAAUGGGUCGAACCUUAAACCCGCUCUGUGAGUUCUGUGGAGCUGCUGAGCGUAAAUGUUUCAGUAUCCCUCAGGAGAAAAAAAAAAAAAAAGAAAAAUCACCGGCGUGCGCUUCACUCAUGCGUCAUUGUGCCGCAAGCAGCUUUGGAGCCGCUGAUCCUGUCUGCUGACCCCCGCGCGCGCCGGUGGGAAGAAAAGAAAGAAAGAAAGUUUCCAUCCAGGCGGGCAGAAGGACGCACGGAAGCUCCUGCAGGUGCCGCGCUGUGGCUCACAGCUGAUCGCUCUGAGCGGACUUCCCAAGUUUGCGCGUCUGUCCGGAGCUUCAGGAGUUCAUCUGGGUUCUUCAGCAUGGACUGGAUUUGACUUGUGAACAAUCAUGCAGUAGGGGCAGCAGCAGCAGCUUCGGCCUUCCCCACACUCAGAACUAGCAGUGCAGCCUCUCUCCAGUAUGGCAUCCUCUCCUGGGCUGAACAAUGACCCGUUACCGCUGCUCCAGCUCCAGGAGGUAGACACCAGCAAAGCACCAGAGAGGCCCCCAUCCCCAGGACUUCUGCCGGCCAUGUACAGCCCCCCCUCAGGCAUGGACAGCCACACCGUCUGCAUUCCCUCUCCGUACACGGAUAGUAGCCAUGAAUAUGGCAAUGGACCUGCACCUUUGACCUUCUAUAGUCCAUCUAUGUUGAGCUACAGCAGACCACCGAUGACCGACAGUCCCUCCUCGCUGUGCCCCCCCCUCAGUCCUUCAGCCUUUUGGUCCUCCCAUGGUCAUAGCAUGCCCUCCCUGACUCUGCAUUGCACCCAGCCCAUCGUCUACAAUGAGCCCAACCCCCAUGCUGCCUGGCUGGAACCCAAAGUCCACAACAUCAAUCCCAACAGCUGCAACAAGCUGCUGGGGAGGAAAUCGGACAUAGGAGUGGAAGACAUGAAACCCCCCUCGUGUUCUCCCUCUGCAGGGAAAGCUGACAUGCACUUCUGUGCUGUGUGUCACGAUUACGCCUCUGGGUACCACUAUGGGGUUUGGUCGUGUGAAGGAUGCAAGGCUUUUUUUAAGAGGAGUAUUCAGGGUCACAAUGAUUACAUAUGUCCAGCCACCAAUCAGUGCACCAUAGACAAGAACCGCCGUAAAAGCUGCCAGGCCUGCCGCCUGCGCAAAUGCUAUGAAGUGGGGAUGAUGAAGUGCGGUGUCCGCCGUGAACGCUGCAGCUACAGAGGAGCUCGACACCGCCGAGGGGGGCUCCAGCCUCGGGACGCAGCAGGAAGGGGCUUGGUCCGGGUCAGGAUGGGUCCUCGGAACCAGCGCCAUUUCAGUCUGGGGAUACCUCUUUCCCCGUUACCAGGGGGGCCCCCCAUCCCUCAGAUAGGCCACACUCAUCGUUCAUCCAUGAGCCCAGAGGAGUUUAUCUCCCGUAUCAUGGAGGCGGAGCCUCCAGAGAUCUACCUGAUGGAGGACCUCAAGAAGCCCUUCACUGAGGCCAGCAUGAUGAUGUCCCUCACCAACCUGGCAGACAAGGAGCUGGUGCUAAUGAUCAGCUGGGCUAAGAAGAUCCCAGGUUUCAUAGAGCUGAGCUUAGCAGACCAAAUUCACCUGCUGAAGUGCUGCUGGCUGGAGAUCCUGAUGCUGGGCCUCAUGUGGAGGUCAGUGGAUCAUCCUGGAAAGCUCAUCUUCUCCCCAGACUUCAAACUCAACAGGGAGGAGGGACAGUGCGUGGAGGGCAUCAUGGAGAUCUUCGACAUGUUGCUGGCGGCCACCUCUAGGUUUCGUGAGCUCAAGCUGCAGAGAGAGGAGUACGUCUGCCUGAAGGCCAUGAUCCUCCUCAACUCCAAUCUGUGCACCAGAUCCCCUCAGACGGCAGAGGAGCUGGAGAGCAGGAACAAGCUGCUUCGCCUUCUGGACUCUGUGAUCGACGCGCUGGUCUGGGCCAUCUCCAAACUCGGCCUGUCCACCCAACAGCAGACUCUGCGGCUUGGCCACCUCACCAUGCUGCUCUCCCACAUCCGCCAUGUGAGUAACAAAGGCAUGGACCACCUGUCCACCAUGAAGAGGAAGAACGUGGUGCUGGUGUACGACCUCCUCCUGGAGAUGCUGGACGCCAACACGCCCAGCAGCUGCAGUCAAACCGCCUCAUCCUCCCCCAGCUCUGACUCCUUCUCUGACCAGCAGCAGUACCCCCCUCCUCCGCCGGGCUCCGACCAGACUUUUGCCCCCAGCCUGGCAGAUGAAGCCCCCCCCGCGCCUCCACAAGGGGCAGACGAAGGCCAGAUCCUGGACAGGCAGCAGCAAGCCCCGCCCUGCCGCUCCAUGCCUCCAUCACACAGUUUGGUGGAGUCUGAAAUAGAUGACUACAUCUCCCCAGAUCAGUGGUCCCUGGGAGCCGGGGGUUCCAGUUCACCGGGGGAGUCUGCUAGUUUCAUUAUUCCCGAUCGAGUUGUCAUGGGAACAACCUUACAGGGGUGACAGGACUGAAAGACUGAACCAAAAAGCUUUCCAACCCAAAAAAAGGCAAAAAAGGAUAAAAACACCAAGUGCUGUUGUGAAGUGAAGUUCUUUUUCCUCCUUUUCCAGUCUUUGUAAACACACACAUUUUUAAUGGCUGUACAUUUUGUGUGCAUAGGUAUUUUUUUGUGAAUGUGCACUGCAGUAGGUGUUCACGAGAGCAUCUCUGAACCUCGGCCUCCUCUGGAUUUACAGUGUUAGUAUCUCUUUUUGCACCGUGGUGAAUCAGUCAGAACAAGCCAUCUCCUUUGCAUGUAGACGACAUGGAUUCCGUGUGUGUCUGUACAGCUCUCCGUUCACAGUGUGGUGUAACGCUCUCUUCUUCUGUUGUUGUGUUUUAAUCGGUGCUUGUUCCAGAAAUGUUUUUAUACUGUGGAUGUGAGUAGAACGGUAAUGUGGCCUUUCA